CUUUUGUUUGUUCUUCUUCAGGCAACUUGGAGCAUGUAAAGUAACCAAGGAAACUGAAUUCCAGUAUGUGGUAUAUUAUGCAGAGCAUCCAGAGUAAAUAUUCUUUGUCAGAGCGCUUGAUCCGGACUAUAGCAGCCAUCCGAUCCUUCCCGCAUGAUAAUGUUGAAGACCUAAUAAGAAGGGGAGCAGAUGUCAACUGUAUGCAUGGUACUCUGAAACCAUUGCACUGUGCUUGCAUGGUGGCUGAUGCUGAUUGCAUUGAGCUGCUGUUGGAAAAAGGAGCCCAGGUCAAUGCUCUUGAUGGCUACAAUCGAACAGCUCUUCAUUAUGCAGCUGAGAAGGAUGAGACCUGUGUGGAGAUCCUUUUGGAAUACGGAGCAAAUCCCAAUGCACUGGAUGGCAAUAAGGACACCCCACUGCACUGGGCUGCUUUUAAAAACAAUGCUGAAUGUGUCCGAACACUUUUGGAAAGCGGUGCCUUUGUCAAUGCUCUGGAUUAUAACAACGACACUCCUCUGAGCUGGGCAGCAAUGAAGGGCAACCUGGAGAGCGUCAGCAUCCUCCUAGAGUAUGGAGCUGAGGUCAGGAUAGUCAAUAUGAAGGGGCAGACCCCAAUUUCAAGGUUGGUUGCCUUGCUGGUCAGAGGACUUGGCACUGAGAGAGAAGAUUCCUGCUUUGAUCUUCUGCACAGAGCCGUUGGACACUUUGAAUUGAGGAAAAAUGGUGCUAUGCCGCGUGAGGUUCUGCGAGAUCAGCAGCUUUGUGAAAAGCUUACCACGUUAUGCUCCGUCCCAGGCACAUUAAAGACGCUUUCACGCUAUGCUGUGCGCCACAGCUUGGGUAUGCAGUUCCUACCAGAUGCAGUGAAGGAACUGCCUCUGCCAGAAUCUUUGAAAGAAUAUGUCUUGCUUAAAUGAUGGCUUCCUCUUUUUUUUCAUAGGAUUGUAUUAACCAGCAGAUUGGUGUGCCACGGUGAACGUGGCAUUGUGUCUUUGUGGCGGUAGCAGCAGCACAGAAUAGGUUUUACAGAUGCAGCUCCAGGACACAGCUGGUGACAGUGUGGUUUUGUCUAGUGUUUGCCCUUAGCUAUUCCAUAUGCUGUAGUAUCCUUCUGACCUUACUUUAGUGAAGGUCAGGAGGAUACUACUAUGA